CCCAGCAGCCAAUGGGCUCUGCCCACCUCUCGCCCCAGUCGCGGGAGGCCUGUGACGUCAAGGGCGGGGCGGGAGGCGAGGUCCGGAAGUCCGAGAGGGAUUGGCCUCUCUGGGGCUCGAGUUGGGAGCCGAGGGAAGAUGGUUUACAUCUCGAACGGACAAGUGUUGGACAGCCGGAAUCAGUCCCCAUGGAGGUUAUCUUUUAUAACAGAUUUCUUCUGGGGAAUAGCAGAAUUUGUUGUUUUGUUUUUCAAGACCCUGCUUCAGCAAGAUGUGAAAAAGAGGAGAGGCUACGGAAGCUCGUCUGAUUCCAGAUACGAUGACGGAAGAGGGCCACCAGGAAACCCUCCUCGAAGAAUGGGUCGAAUUAGUCAUCUUCGUGGCCCCAGUCCUCCUCCAAUGGCUGGUGGAUGAGGAAGGUAAACGUCUGCUCUGAGAAGCAGGCAACUAGACAUGCACAUUCCAAGAAGGAAACCAUCAGAAAGUGAAGGCGGCCCAUGCUGGACAAGAUGAAGUGUAUGUCUAAAACAAGGAUUGCUCUGUGUCCUCACAGAUGAAUGAGGUCAUGCUGGGAAUUCCCUCUGCAGGAUCUGGCCUGACUGACAUGCAGUUCUAUAAAUGUACAUGUUUGUCUCAUCUUUUUUGUAUAGUUUACUAAAGUAUUAAUAUAGUUUUAAUAAGUAUUUUUAGGUUGCAGAACUUGGGCUUCUCAUGUUUAUAUAAUUAAGUCACAAACCUGAUCCUGAAGAAAAUAAAAGGUGUGUAUUCAGCCCUUCUAAAAUACUGUUCACUGUUAAUUUGUUUCCGUUUGUAAAUAAACCAUACCAUAUUUAUUUCAGUAGUAUGCAUAAAGUAUUUGUGCUUUUGAAAUUUUAUUAUAUUUACCAUGUGAGUAAAUAUGUCAUGUCUGAUUUGCUACCAAAUAUAAUUGUUAGGAUUUUGAGCCUCAAAAUAAUGAAGAAUCUUCAAAGUCACGGACUAAAUGCUACUGUGACAAAAUGGAUUUUAUACCAUUGCUCAAGAUCCUAUUACUGGUUUUAAAGGCCUCAUCUGAAUAAUCAUAACUUUCAAUAGAAAUCCAUGUUCCACUCCCCCACUCUAGCUUUUUGAGAGUGGGUCAGUAGGCCAGGGUGGCUUUGAACUUGAGUUCAGCCUACCUCUGCCUUCAGAGUGUGGGGGUUACAGGUAUACACCAACUUGUCUGGCUUACCCUAGUCUUCUGAACAGUAACUACAUGUAAUGGACACUGAAAUAUUUAUUAUAACAAUGAAUAAUACAGAUGAGUCUUCCAGUGUACAAUACCUGUUGAAACCAAAGUAUUUAAGUGAAUGCUAUUUUUCUAUCAAUAUUUACCCAUUUGUCAAUAAAUGGGAAUGUAGUAGCAUAAGACACUAGUGUUCAAAGAUAAAACAAGCAAUUGAUUGUAAUACAAGUUUUAGAAUAAGAACAGUUUUUUGACCACUCAA